AUGGUAUCCGUGCUCACGUACCCGAAGGAACUGUACGAUUACGUCUGGUCGUUCCGAGACACGCGAAUAGACGCAUGGAACAGCAACAUCACCAGGGGCAGCUUCAUCAUACCGCUGGUCAUCACGUACGUGUACGUAGCCAAGGUUGGCGGCCCUCGGUGGAUGAAAGAUCGCAAGCCUUAUGACGUCAGGCGAGCUAUCCUCGCGUACAACAUCUUCACCGUGCUUGCGAACGCCUACUUUCUGUACCGCAUGUUGCCGCUGACUCUUUUCGGUGGUGGUUAUAGCUUCCUCUGCCAGGGAAUCGACACUGACCGCGAGCGAGACAUGGCCGUCAUCAGCCUCAACUGGUGGUACCUUCUGGUACGCAUCGCCGACUUCACGGACACCAUGUUCUUCGUGGUCCGGAAGAAGUACUCGCACAUCACGCACCUUCACGUGUCGCACCACGCCCUGAUCGUGCUCAGUGGCUGGAUCUGGCUAAACUUCGGCAGCGACGGCCAGGCCGUGCUGGGCACUUGCAUCAACGCGUUCGUGCACGUCAUCAUGUACACCUACUACUUCCUCACUGCCCUGGGUCCACGCGUGCAGAAGUACCUCUGGUGGAAGAAGUACCUCACCACCAUCCAAAUCGCUCAACUCGUGGUGGUCUGCGCCCACUCGUCCCUACCUUUGUUCUUCGAUUGCGCCUACCCGAAAGGGCUGUGCUACCUCGAGGUGGCUCAGCUUCUGCUGGGCAUUGCCUUGUUCACGAACUUCUACUUGAAGACUUACAGGGCCGGUGGCAGGUCCGGACCACCACUGGCCGAAAAGUCGAAGGAGAAAGGUCAAUGA